CGUAAAGAAAAGAAUUAAAAAACGAAACAUACCUACUUCAAUUUAAAAUUGAAAGGCCGGCUAACAAGUUCGAUAACAGAAUUCACAGAGCAAUUGAAUACUCUGUUUGAUCUUGACCCGCUCCUUGCCCAUUUCAAUGUCCAUGAAAGAUUACAGAGCCUCUCAUUAGACUGGUAACCUCGCUUCCUGCUUUACAUUUUCCCCUCUCUUCGCUUCAAUUGCUACUGCAAAACAGGAAACCGGAAAAGAUGGCGCCGAGAACAAAAAGCGGCAAAUUUAGUGGCUACAGAUCUUCAUACUGGAAGAUCGUGCUGGUGUUAACGGUGACAAUGUUGAUAAAGAUCGGAGCAGCGCAAAAUGAUUCGAGUUCCUGUGUAAAUUCGAUUGUGCCCUGUGCAAAUUAUUUGAACGCCACAACGAAACCCCCAGAUUCGUGCUGCGUUCCUUUACUCAACGCUAUCAAAACGCAGCAGCAGUGCCUUUGCAGCCUCGUAAACAGUAGCAUCGCCAAGCAAUUGAAUAUCAACGUCACUCAAGCCCUAAAUGUUCCUCGCCUUUGCGGCGACACAAACAUCACACUUAAUUCUUGUUCCAACGUUACUGCGACUGCACCUUCGGCUUCUACCACGCCUUCUGGUAGCACACCUUCAGGACAUGCUGAAACAGGCAAUGGUAGCGGCGUAGGCGCAACCCCUUUGCAAAUAUUGUUGCCUCUGCUGGCUGUCCUUUUUCUUGGCGGAUUCAAUUCAGUUCCCUGAAUCUGUCCACGGUAGUGGCAGCACGGGCAGAUUUACAGCUUGUUUUCCUUUUCUUUCUUGUUGCAGGCUUUGAGCUUUAUAGGCUAGGUAGUAGUUUAAGAUUAUAUACGAAAUUUAUCGUACUGCUAUAUUUUCAUUCAAUUCUCCAGCAGGUUUUAUGAGACCAGGAAAAAUCUGAGACAGAAUAAAUUGAAAUUUUAUCGUAGGAAAUAGGAAUUUCUUUUAAAUUUUUAGUUGGUGGCUUUGAAUAGAUUAAUUGUUGUAAAAAUAUAUAAUAUUAUAGUAUCUUAAAAUUUAACAUUUA